GGCGCAGUCUUGUUCUUUUAUUGGCGGCUCUUCAAUAAUUGAUUAUUGCGAAAUGGACUGCGGAAAUGACACAAGUUCAUUCAAUAAUAAUUCCAACCCAAUGGAUGCGAAUCCGACAACUUUGUCGCCGUGAGAGAGAGUAAUCGUUGUCGGUGACUCGUUUAUUUCUGUGUGAGUGUGCGUAUGGCUUUCUGUGUAUGUGUUGGUGGCGCCUCUUUGACUGGCUCGAAAAUCGUUGCCAAAAGCAUGGGCACGGGAAACGCAAAGCAGAGGGGACAGCGAACAGAGGCAGCAUGAAUAAACAUCAAUAGGAAUUUUAUUGUGAAAAUAUUUGUCGCUAACGGUGCGGUAGGUUGACAACAACAAAUACAGCUACGCUACAUAUCCCUUCGCAGCCGUUCGCAAUGACCGCAAAUAGAAGAAGAUAGAGAUAGAGACGGAGAGGGAUAAUUGGCGAAAGUAAACGAAAGUCAUGAUAAGUUAUUGCUGUGUGCAAAAAAGGGACAUCAUGCAUAAAUACACAUGUACACACACACACGUAUGAAUCCCGUUACUCACUUGCAUUUUACUAAUGCGACAAUCCUCGUAUAUUUUGAGAUUGCAAAUAAGUAAAUUAAUUAAUAAAUAUUUAAGUUUAAGUUUAAUUUUAUUACCAAUUUAAUAAUGUCUACGAUUAAUUUGAAAUGACACCAAAAAGUAUGCAAGACCUGGUAUUAGAGUUACACACAGCUUUAUCCCUUGUCCGUUUUGCCUUUUGCGUGACCUUUUGCGGCGCGACGCGUGAACGAUGACGUCGCCGCUGGCUCAUCUUUCUGCUUCUCCCGGCAAUAAAAUUGAUGUCACGUUUUUAUGACGCCGUUGAUGAGUCGUUAUCUUUGAUUUCAACACGCAGGCUCGGUCUCCAUUUCCGUCUCAUUUUUUCGCGCUCCUCGUCGGGUCUUUUUUUUUUUUGCUUUGUGUCCUGGACACAAGUUUACAAAGCCGCACCGCAUCUCAUACAAGCACAACGCCCUCCUCUCACAACAACACCCACAAGGGCGCACACACACAGACACCCGCAAGCCAUCGAGGCACAAUUGCGUCAGGUGGUCGCGGUCUUGCGGCCAUUAUUCUUCUCUUUCUCCUCCUUGUCUUCUCUCUUGAUCUGUCCUGGCUUCGCUUUUGUUUUUUAUUUUGCGCCCAGUUCAAUUUGCGCUUUUUGUUUUAUCUCCCGCUCAUAAUUGAUUGUUUUUUUCCUUUCUCUUUGCUUUUGGUUUCGCUGGCAUUUGCAAAUUGAAAUCACGCAACAACUACAACAAUACAACAGAACAGAUGCGCAGCAACAACUGCUACCGCCUUUUGGUAACUGUUGUUGCCCACCUUUAUUGAAUCAAGCUUCUUUCAUUGCCGCUUUUGUUUUUCUUGCUGCUGCUGCCACUAUACGAGACCAGUAGACACAACUAUAAAACGCAUUCCCGACAGCAUCGGCAACAAAGUCAGAGAGAAACCGCGAGAGAGCAGACGGAAAGAUGGCCGUAAUUUACCGUUACCCGCUACUCAUUGCUACAGUUCUCCUGCUGGUGUCGCUUCCGGUCUACGCACAGAUCCUGGGAGGCGGCCAUUGCAGGAUGACCCUUAUUCAUGUUUCGGUGGGCGGGUCGGUGUGCGAACGCCUCUGCUACCAUCAUGGCUACCGUGGUCCCCCGUUCCUCUGCCGCCGAACCACACGCUCAGGACCUGUUCCCGUGUGUGGUAACGGUUGUUGCCGCAGCGGCCCGAACUGCUUGCAACUGCUGCGAACCUAACGGUACUAGGAAACUGCUUUACUGUAUGAAGCAGAGUUGAUGCUUUAGUAAAAUUCUAGUUUAAAAUUGAUUUUGUGUGUAUUUGUGCGAUAUUGAUCAGAAAUGAAUUGAAUAAAUGUAUAAAAAAUAUACAAAUAAAUAGUUAUACUAAAGAAGCCUUGCAGGAGGUGUAUAAAACGUUUAUAAUCACAUUUGCAGAGAUAGUAUCUAUAGAUUAUUAUAAAUAUUGAACGAUCACUUCUAGCUAUGUAUUUAUGUAUGUACAUACAUACAUAUGUAUAUGAUAUAGUAGAUCCAUCUGGCCCGUUUUGACUUAUAAACUACCAACAAUAAAAUGAAGACUAUCUCAAAAUAAAAGAAACUAGUUUAGGCAUGGCUAAAUCGUAUCAGCUUUUUAUGCUGAUCAGGAACGUUAAAUAUAUAUAUACAUAUUUCAUAUUAUAAUACCCUGGAGAUGUAUAAAAAAAGAAAUCUGAAGUUUAGAUAUGCCAUGUUGUCAUAUUGCUAUUAUAUAUUAUUUAUGUAUAUUGCAUUUUAACUUAGAAACAGCUGUCCAUUGUGGCUAGAGGUGGUAGUUGAUUACGAUAAGACAUCGAUAGGCAGAUGAAUACAAAAAUCAAUCGAAUGGAAGACAAUCGAGUGAAAUCGCUUUUUAAAACCAUUUGUCUCCACUGGAACCUUUUUCCAAUGGAGCCUGACAAGCUCUGUUCACUUGGCAAAACCACUAAAACCAUUUGGUAAUAGGAACGAGGCCGUUCCAUUUAUUGCAUUUAUUUAAGUAUGGCACAAAGUUCACAAGAAGUUCAAGGAGCUUUGAAAGUAGAUCCGUAGGUCAAACUUGAUUCUUUUUUCUUUUUUUUUUUGUUCAAGAGUAAUAAUAUAAAUUUUAAUUCACUUACCUUGUUUUUAUUAUUGAACAUAUUACAUCUCGUUCCUUGUAGUGCGUAAGAGCUUACGAAAAACAAAGUUUUUAAGAUAUUUUCGAACGAAAAACGAACUAGUUUCGGGAUUCGUUUUGCUAAAACUUGUGGUUCUUGCUGGCAGUUUUAAUUUCUGGGCUUCGACCUUAACAUUCGUUACCCAACCGCUCUCUCGAUCACGAAACGGAAACAAACAAAUUUCUUGUAAUCGUAGGUAUUGUAUUUGGAAAGUGUCAUCUACAAAUAAAAUAGGCCAAGUGCUAGUAGUUAUUAUCGGAUAACCUACACCUAAUUCGACCUUUUAGCGAUAUUUAAUGAUGAAUGAAGACUUCUACGGAAAGGAAACUACUUGAAAAAGCACCAUUUAGGUGCAGGAUUUGCACGGACGGAAAAUUUAGCCAAGUGUCUUCUUGAAUUGUGUCGAGUGUCAAACAACAUCACACGAUUGUCUAAAAAGUUUUAGUUUUCCCGUGGAGGCCAGUUUUUUUUUUUUUUUUUUUUUUUUUUUUUUUUGGCACAAUUUGUAUUACAAAGACGCAAAACAACUCGGUAACAAAUUUUCUCAGAUUUUGCCUUUAUAAGCGUACAUCUAGCUAAAUUAAAUUUAUUUCCAACUAUUUUUACAGUAUUGUGUAAAUUCUUAGGAAAAAAAACAAAUUCUUAGUGGCUA